CCCCCAGGGCGUGUUUGCCAGACCGAUGUGCCGCGCGAACGCUACUCUUGAACUUGAGCUUGAGUAGCCGCGGGCUUGAGUAUUGGCAACCGCCAGUAGCUUAAAACAAUAUUACGGUCUGGACCUCACCGACCGCGUAUAUAAUUUUCUCUGGGUGACAUGGCUAGUGCGCUAUAUACCCACCACUGACUCGCCGCAGUUCGUCACUCACAGACGAAGUAUGCCUUUGAUUCCAACUGAUCCCAGUUCGUGGUCACUCGAUAUGUAUCGUGUUUUCAACUAUUUUGUAGUCUCAUCGUCUGCUGCUGUGGUGUACGACUGGGUGUUGACAUUCGGUCAAGAGUAUGAAUUGAUUUGGAAACAACGCCGUUCUUUCAUGACUGCUCUAUAUAUCGUCGUGCGCUAUUUUGGAAUAUUAUACUCUGUUUGCUACGUUAUGGACCUUGCACUCUUGUGGGCGACUUUCCCCAUAAAUUGCACGUUGAAUGUCAUCAUGAUCUUUCGGUUACAUGCCAUGUAUCAGCGAUCCAGAAAGAUACUCAUCUUUCUCAUUACGACCUUCGUCUCUGUCACGAUUUUCUGCAUAGCAAUUGCUGUGUCAGGAACCAGCCUUCUUUCGAUAAAGGUAUUUCUCUACGGCUCGCAGUGCGUUUACGAAACCGACGCAAACCAACAACUUCGGAUGCUCGAGACUUACGCAGUCGCUACUGCAUGGGAGGCCCUCACACUUGGUCUUGCAAUCUGGAUUGUUGUAAAACACCUGCGUGAACUGCGAUCACAAUCGAGAGGACAAACUGUCAUUGGUGAUUUAUUCACGGUGUUACUCAAAACUCAUGCCCUCUACUUUAUAUUCUUUACUGUUGGUUCCAGCCUCAAUAUUGGCUUAAUGUCUCCAUAUUUUUCUGCCUCGACCUCUGUGGGAGCUCAGACUUAUCGUGGUAUUCUUGAACUCUCCACGCUCUUGCAGAUGUUUGUGGCAGGACCACGCCUGAUCCUUAGCGUUCGAGGAUAUCAUGCCAAGUUCAUGCCUAACUUCGAGGAAGGACCUACCAUACAUUCAAUGGCUUUCCGGGAAUACAUAUCAGAGUCAACUGGCAGCGAUGUGUAGCACGAUAUAUCUCCAGUUGACUAACACUGUCGGACACUAUACAUACCACAAAACAUGUACAAUAUAUCGGGGUGGUACUUCUCAUGGACAAGACUCGUCUCUCAUUAAUCAUUUGUGCUGCUAUACUGGAACGAAUUCAUGCUGUGAAUAUCACCC